CAACAAACAUCACCUCAUCUGAUACUGCUCGACCAAGCCAUCAUCUUUCUCCGGAUACAGCAUCGAUAGUCUGAGUGUGCAUACCGUGAACAACUGAACUGCCAAGUCUUUGUGGGAGAUCAAAAGUCUUCGAGAGUAGCGGCAUGGUUUUGUGACCGCUCCUAUCCCAAAUCCUCACAGCCAAUCAGUUCAGCCAGCAACAAUGGGAGGCUCAAUAUCGAAGUACUUUUCCAGCCUUAUUUGGGGGAAGAAAGACAUUCGGAUAUUGAUCCUUGGGCUUGACAAUGCUGGCAAGACAACACUUUUAUACAGACUAAAGAUUGGCGAAGUGGUGACAACGAUACCGACUAUUGGCUUCAAUGUCGAAUCGGUGCAAUAUGGCAACCUGAACUUCGAUGUCUGGGAUCUCGGUGGCCAAACUUCCAUCAGGCCCUAUUGGAGGUCAUACUAUGCCAAUACGGCUGCGGUGAUAUUUGUGAUCGACUCUACGGAUAUCGAGCGGUUAGAAAUUGCCGCUGAUGAGUUACGAUCAAUGUUGAACGAGGAUGAAUUAAAAGAUGCCGCGCUGUUAGUCUUUGCCAAUAAGCAGGACCAGCCUGGAGCACAAGGCGCUGGAGAAAUCUCCGAAGCUCUGAAAUUGGGUGAGUUGAGAGACCGUAAUUGGAGCAUCGUUGCCUGUUCGGUGAUCGAUGGUAAAGGUAUCAAUGAAGGCAUGGAUUGGCUUUCUCAAACGGUUCAAUCAGAAUCAUGAUAUUGUUUAUGGUAUACCCUGCAUUGAACGGCGCUUUCCCGAAAAGAUACAGAACGCUUGUCUCCGGACACAACUUUGUCUCAAUGUUGUCUCACCCCUUUGAUCUUUUGAAGCCAGUCUGUGAGUUCCACAGCCAAUCGUACAGGCUGAUCAUAGUGGAUGAGAUGCCCGGCAUCCUUAACAAUAACAACAUCCUCCGUACCGAUCAGUCGCGCAAGUUUAUCGGCUCUUUCCGCCGGAAUCCAAGCAUCUUCCUCACCCCAGAUGACUUAACUGGCAUCUUUUGACCUACCUCAUGGAACCGUUGUUCUACCUCCUCAAUAUCGCGCUGAUCUGCUUGCUUCACCUGCCUGAUAAAGCCUGCCAUGCCAUGCAGGCCACUUGCGGACCACGGCUUGACAAGCAUGUCUUCAAUUGCUUGGCCGAGGGGCUUCAAUGCUGCCUCACGGAUAUAUGAGCGAACCAUUGCCUCGGAUAAAUAACUGGGUAGGCUGUUGAAGAUUUCUGCAUUUGAUGCCACCAGACGGAAGACAGGCGAGCCAAAAGGACUGACUGCCAAAGGAUCGACAAAGCAUAAGCUUGCAUAUUGGAUGCCGUGGCAAAGGUGUGCCCGGAGCGGGAUGAUUCCUCCAAAGUCGUGGGCUAUGACGUGUGGAGGUUCAGAAAGACUCCAUGCCCUCACCAGAGAGGCGAAGGCUUCUGCCUGACAAGCCAACGACACAUUCGGUUCGCCCUUGGAGUCUGAAAUUGGUAUGCCGCCAGGGGAUCCACCGUAUCCGGGAUUAUCGAAGAGAUAGACUCUGAACGCCGAAGCAUACGCUUGAGCAUACGGGACCCAGACCCUGGACGACCAUGGAGUGCCAUGGACGAAUAUGAGAGGUUGGCCGUCUGGAGCCCCGAGAACGCGAUAAUGAAUGGUAUAGGUAUUGUGGCGGUCUCGAGACUUAUGGUGUUGGUAGCUGGAAGUCGUCCAUGCUUUUUUUUAUCUCUUUUGCUUGUGUCUACGUACGACCAAUGUUGAUAUAUGGGAGCUGCCCAGCAAUGGUUGAUAUACU